AUGGCGCUGCCGGGGAGCAGCACCUGCUCUCGGGCUGCCUCCUCCCUGCACCCAGCUUCAGGCCCUGCAGAAUACCCAGGGCUGCAGAAAAGUCCUCAAGAACUGCUGGGUCCCUCCAGCAGCGCCCUGCUUGGCCAGGGAGAGCACCUGGGGCAGGGGGAGCUGGGACACUUCCCUGUGAAGGGACCUAGCUUAGAAACACAGAUGGUGGAAGAUGAAACUGAGACAACCAGUGAAGAACUACCUCCUCAUCUGCAGGAAGAACCUCCUGAAGAUGCCAGCAAGGACCAUCCACAGCAGCAAGCAGGAGUGAUCUGGAGAGUGACGGGUGGCUUGUUCAGCAUCACCCGGGGAGCUGUUGGGGCCACGCUGGGAGGAGUUGCCUGGGUGGGCAGCAAGAGCCUGGAGCUCACCAAGACAGCUGUGACCAGCGUCCCCGCUGCUGGCGUCGGACUGGUGAAGGGCAGCGUCUCGGCAGUGACCGGUGGCGUCGGGGCUGUAGGCAGUGCCGUCGCCAGCAAAGUCCCUUUCACUGCAAAGAAAAAGGACAAAGCUGACUAAUCCCCAUCGCAGCUCCCUUCCAAAAGAUCAACCUGUCCAUACUCUCCCCCUACACAGCACCUCUUUGAAUUGGAAACAGCCGCUUUGGGGAGGGUAAAGCACCCAAGCAGACUCCUGCUCUACACCGCCUGCCUGGCUCGGCUCACAGGGCCGCUGUCAAUGCCUUUCACUCCCAUCACCUACUGGGAACCAUCUCUACUCUGAGGACUUUAAAAGCGCACUUGUCUCUGUCUUGCAGUUUCCUUCCUCCCUUUUUGCUCCUCAGAACAUAGAGGUGGGAGAUGGUGUAAGGCUCCAUCUGCCUGGAGGUGGUGAGGGAUGAGGGAGGAGGGGGAAGAAUUAUGCCUGGCUUGAAGUGUGGUUUAUGUACUUGAAUUCAGCUUCAGCUGGGGAGACAGCUCCUGAAACACGCCUACCUUUGGCUCUGGGUGGUGUGUAUGGGGGUUUGCAUGGGGGAGAACUGUACAAGAAAGUCCCACUGACAUUAAAGAGAGAUACUGUGAAGAGGGGGAAGCCUCCCUCCUGCCCCGCACCUCUUACCUUUUAUUUGCUGGUCCCAUCCCACAAGCUGCUCCCAGUCAUUUAUGCCCUGGCUGACUUUCAUCCUUCAGAGAAGGAGCACUCAAGCUCAACAGAGCACCUCCUGGGAUGAGGCCACACAAGUGUAUUAUAUGUCCCAAGCCAUCAAUCCCUCAGGCAGAUUUCCUCCG